AUGGUGUGUUUUAACGAUAAGUCUCAACUGCCUACACGUCUAUUUUUAACUACGUACUAUAUAGGAGUUCUUAUUGGUGUGCUACUGAUAUUCUGUGAUGAUAAAACAACCGUUAUUCAAAUUAUAUUUGACGUAUAUACGGGUAUAUUUAUUGGUUUAGUUGUAUGUGCUUUAUGGUACGACCAAAUGGAAGGUCGAUCAAUGGUGCUUCUGAUGAGUAUCGUGUCUAUUAGUUUAUUUACCCUAAUAACGAUCGUCAUGUUUCUUACCUAUAUUAUUCUCUAUUCAACAAGUGGUCAAUUAGCGAUUAUGGGAAAAUUUGGUUUUGGCUCGAUGUUAGAUGAUAAAAAUGGAAAUAAUUUUUUUAUUUUUACUGGUAUUUUUACAGGCAUUCUAACACUUCAGUUUUGUGCUACAUUAGCCGCAUUUCAUUUAUACAAUGCUGUUAGAAAACAAUCAUCAAUAUUAAUCAAAAAAGAAGAUAUCUAA